AUGGAGGUCGUGGCCAGGGACGGCACAGAGGCCGAGAUCCAGGAAGCGAUCCUGGAAGCAAUUGACGUGGGCCUGGAAGAUGGCUUUGUCGUGGCAGAGACGGCGCUCGCCAAACGGCGCGCCGAACGCCACGCGGUGAUGGAUGCCCUUGUGGCUGCCAUGGAGGUGGUGGUCGUGAGCGCAGAGCAAGACGGUCUCAACGGGCCUGGUUGCUGUGCGCCAGAGCAGCUGGAGGCGCUGGCAGACGCCUUGGUGGAGGCUCGAAGUGUCGCCGUGCCUGGCGAGGAAGAGCUCCUCAACUGUGCAAGUCGGCUGCUUGAGCGCGGCACCCAGGAGGAAGCCUGA